AUGUCUGAUACACUGAAAAAAAUUGAUGGUUCAAGGAUGAAUUGGGAGGUGAUUGCCCGCAUCAGCCGACUAUGGGAUUCUAAGAACGUCCGAAAUAACAAUGAUCUCCUGAGUUUGGAUAUGCUUCUCUUGGAUGCAGAGGGAACACAAAUUCACGGAAAAAUUCGAAAGCGCCAGGUCGAAAUGUUUCGCAACAAAAUCAAAGAGGGACAUAUCUACGUGAUUAGAAAUUUCAGGGUUGUUGAUAGUGAUAACGCAUACAAGCUUGUAGGGGGAGACGUAUCGAUUAAUUUUUUGCCCAUUUCUUCCUUCAAAGAGCUAUCGGGAUAUGAUGGUCCUCCCAUUGAACACUACGAAUUUCAUUUUCAAAAUCAAGAUGAGAUAAUCAAACGGCUAAACAACCACACAUAUUUGACAGAUGUUAUUGGGUUGCUCACUGAAAUGGGUAAAAUUGACAAAAUAACUGUAAAUGACUCUUUGGUUGAAAAGUUAGACUUGGAGAUAGAGAUUGAAGGGCAGUUCAAGUUGAAAACUACAUUAUGGGCUGAGAAGGCUAUGGAAUUUGAAGAGUCAAUGACUGAUAAGAACAAAGGCCCUUUUGUUGUUAUCAUCACUUCCACAAUUGUUAAAAGACUUUAUGGGGAUAUUUGUAUUUCAUCAAUGCCAGCAACCAAAACAUUUGUCAACUUGGAUCAUCCAGCUACAAAACUCUUGCUAGAUACUGCUAAUGAUCAGCAUGCCGUUAUAUCUGUGAUAAAGUUGAAUCCAAAAAUUCCGAUGCCAUUAGAGGAGCAAAAGGUUGAAAAUAGAAAGACAAUAUAUGAAUUAUCUAUGAUGAUGCCUACUAAAGAAAGCAAAAAUUCGAUCAUUGUUACUAUCGUUGCCAUGAUAAGAGAAGUUCAAAAUAAGUAUGGUUGGUGCUACACCUCCUGUGAAAAUUGUAGGAAGAAAUUGCAGCGCACUGAUAAAGUGUUACAUUGUGAUGGUUGUAAACGAGAUUCAAUUUUCCCAAAUACGAGUUUCAAGGUUGAACUAUUGGUCGUUGAUGAGACUGGUGAGACGACCCUUACUAUGUUUGAUGAUGAAGUUCAAAAGAUCAUUGGGGUUUCUGCUGCGACACUCAUGAGUCACUAUGGAGCAUCAAUUCGUGAAUUGCCUCCACAGUUGAAUAAUUUCAUUGGUCGUAAAUUCAUAUUCCAGCUUAGGUUGACAGAUUACAAUUUGAUCUUGGGCAAUCAAGAAUAUACAAUCACGAAGGUGUUCGAUACAGAGAACAAAGAGAAGGGAGGCAAAGCAACUAAUGAUGGUAUUAAAAAAGAGGCCAUGAGUUCUGGUACAUCACAGCAAGAUAUUAAUCACAUAGAUACAGAAAAAUUGUACGAGAAAAAUGGGGAAACUGUUUGUGUUGUGCAAGAUGAUGUUUGCGUUGCGGAUGCGACAACAAAAGCUUCUCCAAACGCUUCUACUAACAAUAGCAGUGUAUCAGUGGAUGAUGUAGUUUCAGCCACAGGAGAUAAGAAAAAAAAGGCAAAAAUUGCUUUGGAUUAG